AUGAAAUUAACACAAAAAACACUUUUUCAAUGUUUUGAAAAAUCUCGUCCGUCAUCACCAAUAAUUAAUUCUCCGACAAUUAUUCAUUCAUGUGAAUCUCAAAUAAAAAUUUCAUCUGAACAACAGAAAUCUGACAAGCAUCAAUCUAAUUGUCUGUUACCUAUUCAUAUACGUCAAUUAAAUAAUUCAUUAUAUAAUGAUAUUAUUCCUUGUUUUAAUGAAAGAAAAUUCAAUGAUGAUAAUUUAUCUCAUGCGAGUCAAGAAUUUUAUCGAAUAUGUCCAACCAUAGUUAAUAAUCAAAAUCAUUUACCGAAAAUUGAGUUUAUUAAAAUAUCAUCGACUGAACGUCAAAUGGAAUUAUUUAAUCAAUAUACCAAUGAUCAAUCCAUAAUUAAUUGGACAUCAAUGUUUAAAGAUUUACAAGAUUAUCGAAAAAAAGUCAUAGAACAAAAUCAAUAUGAGCAAUUAUUAUGGACUGAAAUUUAUCGUCCAAAAAAUUCUAAAACAUAUCUUGGAAAUCAUACAAGACAAAUAAAACGUUUGAACGAAUGGUUUUCAUAUUGGACAAAAAAAUUACAUAAUGAACAACCUAAAAAAAAAGUUCUACGAAAAAAACGAAAACGUCUUACAGAUGAUGAUGAUGAAUAUUUCGAUGAAAAUUUUUCGAAUGAUUCAAAUAGGUUAUUUGAUAAUUCUUGUCAUUCGAAAUCAGAAUAUCCACGAUUAAUUUUUAUUCAUGGUUUUGGAACAACAUCAUUAGUACAUGCACUUGCUGAAGAAUAUAAUUUUAAAGUAACAGAAAUUAAUGGAUCUCAAUCACGAGCACGUGCACCUUUACUUAAACAACUUGAACAAGUAACAAAUCAUCAUUAUCUAUCAUUUAAACGUUGUCCAUCAGAUACAAUUAUGUCACAAGAAGAUAAAUCAAAAUCGAUUAAAGAAGUAUUAUCUCCAUUACCCGUAAAGAAAAAAGCAAAGAGUGAAUGUGGUUCGAUUAUAUCUUAUUUUAAUCAACCAAAAAAAUCUGUUCAUAAUAAUGAUGAACAAAAAGAAAAUAAUUCUCAUAAUCAAUUAAAAUCAAUUGUAUCUGAUAAAAAACAAUCGAAAAAAUUAACUAAUGAAACUAAUAUUACAAAAAAACGAAAUAAAAUCAAACAAGAAGAAAAAUCAAUGAUAACAAUAGAUAAUCAAUUUGUUUCAUCUAUUCAAGUUGAAAAAACAUCUCUAAUUCUUUUCGAUGAGAUUGAAACAUUAACAAUAGAUGAUCAUUUUUGGUCAUGUUUAAAAAAAUUACUUGAAACAGCUAAAAAACCUAUUAUACUCACAUCGAAUAGUAGAAUUAAUCCAGAAGAUGCUAUUAUCAAUUUAUCAAAAAUUACAUAUUAUGAACUUAUUCAUCUUGAACAAAAUGAACCAGAACUUAUUGGUUGUUUUCUCCGCUUAAUACUUUUAAUUGAAAUGUUAGAAGUACCUUCAUUUGAUGAUCUUAUAAAACUUGUUAAAUAUUGUUCAUAUGAUUUACGUCAAACAUUAUUAACACUUCAAUUUCUUGCACAAUCAUCAACAAUAACAAAUAUUCAAAAAUGUUCGUCAGAAGAGAAUAAUUUCAUAAUAUCACAACCUAAAUGGCAAUCAUCAUGUAUAUUCGAUGCUAUGUAUUAUUCUCAUCUUAGUGAACAAUGGAAUGAAUCAUUACUUAAAACAUUUUUUGAUGAUUUAACAAUAAAAUAUACAUCGGAAUAUCAAAAAUCACAUCUGUUGUUAAUUAAUCACAGUAAAAAUAAUAUAAAACGAAUUGAAUUGUAUGAUACAUUCAAAUUGUUUAUGCAAGAACAAGAAAUUAAUAAUAUUAUUGAUCAUUCAUCUUUUUAUCUUGAUUAUCGACCAUAUAUUCGACAAAUUUGUCAAAAUGAACAGAUUCGAAUUAAUGAAUUAAAUUCAAAUCGACGUCUUCGACAUAAUCUUAGUUUUCGUGGUUGUUCAUUACAAUGGUCCGAUUUUGAAAUUUUAUCAACCGGUAUCGAUUAA